CUGCGCCUGCGCGCGCCGCCGCUGCGGGCGGGGCGGGCACGCGGGCGGCGGCUGCGCAUGUGCGGGGCCAGCGAGCCGUUUGGCGCCGGCUUGAAUUCAAACGGCGGCGCGAGCGCGGCGAGCAGCCGUCGGAGCGGCGUUCCCGGGCCGGCGGCCGCUGAGGCGUGGCGCAGGAUGGAGAGCGAGCCCUCCCGCAUCCCCGUGUACGGCGCGCUCCACCGCGGCGGCCCCGCAGAAAUGCAAAUGGUGUUUCCUUCCAAGAAACAAUGUGUCAGCAAAGCAGCUGAUCUGGAGUUCAGCAAGGAUCCCAAUUUUAACUUUAGCUCAAGUAUUCCAGGAGAUGGUGUCUUCAAAGCUACAAACCAAGGGUUUCCUAAAUCUGCCAAGAAAACAGAACCCGUUUCAAAAAAGACAGCUGCAAGAGGACCUCUAAGCAGAUACAAAUUAGAGGCAGAGCUGAAGACCAAGAAUCAGCUGUUAGAAACAGCCAAACAACAACUUCACUCUCGACUAGCAGGAGCACAGGGCACUAUAAAAGAGCUAAGGGAGGAGAAUGAAGGCCUGGCACAAGAAGUUGAGAAGCUCAAGAAAUUUCAGGAGACCUGCAUGGUGAUUUUAGAAAGCAGAAACAUUGAUCCAGUUACAGGCAGCAACAUUUUGGAGGAGGAAGAAAAGACAAAGGAAUGUCGGAAGCAGACAACGCUGUUAACUGAGAAGCUCAUAGCAGAAUUGAGGCUAUUUAAUGAAACAGCUGCAAAAGAAAAGGAAGUGCUUCAGACAGCAAUGGCUAAGUGGAAAUCAGCAGAAGAAGAGAGACACCAGUCCCUGGAGAAGCAUUCCUCCUUUCAAGCAGAAAUGGAGCAAUGUUCAGCAAUGCUUGAUCAGCUGGAGCUGCUUCUGGCUAUGUGAGGCUCAAGGACUGGCUGUGCUGGCUUUUUUUUUAUAUAUGUAUGUGUUUUACUCCUAGUUCAAUGAUCUCUUCACACUGUAAACCUAGCUCUUACGUCUGGCAGCCUGAAUCAAUGAGCUGGGCAUUGUGGCAUCUG